GAGGAUGUGAGGUCCGCUCGGUCCGGUGGAGCUGAGACCAGUCGUCCUCCGAGGGCUCUCUGAUCCGUCUGCUCUGGACUCCCUGCGUUCUGCAGCGCCAUGGCCGCCUUCCAGCUGCUCUUCCUGCUGUCGGUGGGCUGCUCCGUGGCGUUCGCGCGGCCCCCCCAGACCCCGCGGGCCCCCCUCCACCUCCGUCCGUGCCAAGUGGUCCAGAUGGAUGUGCUCUGCAGUGAUCUGAGCCUCAGAGGCGUGCCGAUUAACCUUCCUCGUCAAGUCCAAAUGCUGGAUCUGUCUCGAAAUCAGGUUCAGAACCUCACCGAGGAAACUUUAGGGUUCCACACGGGCUUCCACCGGCUGAACCUCCAUUCCAACAGGAUUCACUUCAUCCAGCCGGGACUCUUCAGAGACAUGAAGGAUCUGAGAGUGUUGGAUCUCUCCAAGAAUCAUUUAAAUGUUUUUGCCCACUCCAAAAUAAACGUUGGACCUCUUACGGCCGUGGAGUUUCUAGACCUUUCAAACAACGGUUUGUACACAGGUAUGUCGGACUUCUUCCUGGCUGAAUCCCCAUCCCUGGCCAACCUUUCCCUCAACAGCAAUAGCAUCACCAAAAUAACUCGGAACACCUUCGGCGGAGCGGCGUCCCUGAGGAAAAUCAACCUCCACAACAACGUCAUCCUGGAGAUCGAAGACGGGGCUUUUGACUCCUUGGAUAAUCUGACGGAGCUCGAUUUGUCCAAGAAUUCAAUCACGUGUAUUUUGGAUUUCAAUCUCUUCAACUUGGCAUUUUUAAAUCUCAGCAAGAACAGCGUGGAGUUUUUCCAAAGUGUGGAAUCAAACGUUUCGUUUAAACUUCGCUCUCUUGAUCUGAGUGAAAACAAACUGCUUUAUUUCCCUCUUCUCCCAGAGAACAACGUGCUUGAGUUUCUGGAUGUUUCACGGAACCGUCUUCAGACAGUCAACAACACAGGUGGUCCAGAAAACCAGACGAACUUGAUCUUUCAUCAUUUGAGGUACCUGGACAUGAGUUACAACAAAUUCAAAAGCAUCCCAGAGUAUUUUAUUAACUGUAUGAAAUCCCUCGAGGUCCUGAACGUGAGUAAUAACUGCAUCGGCUCGUUUUCUGCCACUUCUAAAGGCCUUUUACAUAAAGUGAAGAUUAUUAAUCUCAGCUAUAAUUCACUGCAAAGUCUGACUUUUGGUAAAAACACUUUGCCUUCGCUGAAAAAGCUCUUCUUACAAGGAAACGACCUCUCGAUUCUGGACCACCAAAUAUUUCAACGACUGCCGAGCAUGAAGUACCUGCAGCUCCAGCAGAACAAUCUGAAGAUCUGUGGCUCUGAGCAAAACCAGCUUGAACCAACUCUGACGAACCAAAAGAAUUCCUCUGGCUGCGUGUCCUUUUCUUCUGUUUGCAAUUUGCACUUCCUGUACCUCUCUGAAAACAAUCUAAAGACCCUCCCUGCCGGUGCAUUUACAAACACUCCCCUGAAAUUACUCGACUUGUCCCUGAACCCGGGCUUGGACAUCCACAAAGACUCGCUCUCUGGUCUGGAACAUACUCUGGUCCACCUCGUCCUGAGGGAAAACAACAUGUCCAGUCUAAACCCAGACCUGUCCUUACUGAAGUGUCUCAAACAUGUUGACCUGUCCACCAACCAGCUGAACACUCUUCCAACAUGGAGCAAAGAGUCUGCCAUUGAGUCCCUCAACCUACAGAACAACAACUUGGUAACCCUGGACCACUCUACCAUCCUCGCCCUGGAACACUCCCUAAAGACCCUCUACAUGGGCUUCAACCCUCUGAGCUGCUGCGACAACCUCGCCUUCCUCCACAUGAUGCAGCACUCUUCCGUCAUCGUUCCCGACAUCGAAAUAGUGACCUGCGUUCACUCGGAGCACUCUGAGCCGGUCAACAUUGAAAGGGUGACCAAGGAAAUGUGCCACCAACCACCCCCCACAAACUACACACUAGUUGUUGUAGCGGUGUUUUCAGUAUUGGUUGUCCUUGCGGUGCUGCUGGGUGUAUGUUGCUGUUACAGGAGAACAAAGCACAGAAGAGGAUUUCGUGCAUAAUAAGAAUCACAAUCAAAGACACGUGUGCA